UCACUUGCGAGCUUAUCGAUAACGUCGAUAGUUCGAUACGACGUUCGUGACAUCCCUAAUACCGAUUGCAAAACCGACAACUCGCUUGUUAAAUUUUCGCAUUGAAAAAAGUGCUUUAAUUAGUAAAAGUGUUUUGAAAAUUGUGCGAAAAUUAAGCAAAAUGAGCAGCUCCGAGGAAGUCUCUUGGGUCACCUGGUUCUGCGGGCUUCGCGGCAAUGAGUUCUUCUGCGAGGUUGAUGAAGACUACAUACAGGACAAGUUCAAUUUAACUGGUUUAAAUGAACAGGUGCCCAACUAUCGCCAGGCCUUGGAUAUGAUCUUGGAUCUGGAGCCCGAGGAUGAGCUGGAGGACAAUCCAUUGCAAUCGGAUAUGACCGAACAGGCAGCUGAAAUGCUUUAUGGACUCAUACAUGCUAGAUAUAUACUUACAAAUCGGGGCAUCGCUCAAAUGAUUGAGAAAUAUCAAACUGGCGAUUUUGGACAUUGCCCACGUGUCUACUGCGAGAGUCAGCCCAUGUUGCCUUUGGGCCUGUCGGAUAUACCCGGCGAGGCAAUGGUGAAAACUUAUUGCCCCAAAUGUAUUGAUGUUUAUACACCAAAAUCAUCGCGUCAUCAUCACACCGAUGGCGCCUAUUUUGGCACUGGAUUUCCACACAUGCUCUUCAUGGUGCAUCCCGAGUAUCGCCCCAAGCGUCCUAUUAAUCAAUUUGUUCCACGUCUGUACGGCUUUAAAAUUCACAGCUUAGCUUAUCAAAUUCAGCUGCAGGCAGCAGCCAAUUUCAAAAUGCCACUACGAGCGCAGCAACGCGGUCAGCCACCCAAGGACGAAGAGCCUGAGAACAAUGCCAUCGAUACGAUUCCAAAGCGCAUCUAAAAUAUAUGUAUUUGCAGCAGCCGUUACACCAACAACAACCAAAUACACAAACACACACACAGACAGGCACACACACACACACACAAAGCAGGAAGGACCAACUACAACUAUGCGAGGCUUAUGCGAAAGUCGUCUUAUCAUUUAGAAAGUGCAGCUUCUACACACAUACACCCACACACACACACACACACAAACAUACAUACAGACAUGCAGCCAGUCACACAGAGACGCAUACACAAAGAAAACUCAGCUUUGUCAGCCCUGUGGUCAGUGGUGGGGGCAGCAGCGCAUUCAAUUCAAUUUUAUUCUUUGCAUUUUAUUUACUAAGUGAACGGGCUAAAACAAAUGUUUAGCAUAGUUUUUAAUAAUAUUUAGUCAAGUUCCCAACCCAAUAUCAACACUUUCCCCGAUCCCCCCCUUUUCAAUACACACCUGAAAGGAGCGAAUUGGAAUGAGCUACAAUAUUUGAAAAAAUGCAGGAGAAGAACCUUUAUCCGUUUAUCCCAACAAACAAAAACCCAACCAACCAACAAACAGCAAGCUACGAGGAGAUCCGAAAUAAUUGUCAGUCGUAUUUUGGAGAGCGCAUACGUAUAUAAGAAUAUAUAUAUAUACAUAUAAUAUAUAGUGAAAUACACAUGUGUACACAAUAAACAAUAUAAAUAUACCGUUAGCUUAUUUAUAUACAUAUUUAAAAUGAAAACAAACAAGAAAAACAAAAACAAAACAAAAAAAACAUACAAAACAAAUAUUUUAUGUAUUUUUUUAAUGUAUUUAAGAUAAUUAAGAUUACUACACGUCAAAUCGGGUGAAAAAGAGCAGAGAGCAAAGAAAAGCUCCCCACAAAUCGGAGAGGUAACUCUGAAAAACAAAACUGAAUCUGAAUGCGCAAGGAAAUGAAAUUCGUAAAGAAAUAAGAAUGAAAAAUAAACAAAACAAAAAAAUCAUUAUUGAAAUCAAUAAUAUUUCAAUGUGCAUUUGAUCUAUUGUGUUCCUAAGUCCCCGAUUUUCCCAAACCAUCUUGCGCUGUAAUAAGUAAAAACUAGUAAAUUGUGUUUUUUUUUUCAAUUUAUUUUUCUUUAUUUUGUUUUUAAAUAAAUUAUUAGGUUCUUCGUAAAAUCGAAGGAUCCAUUAUCAUUAUUAUUAUUAUGUGGGUUUCUGUGUUGUUUUUCUUGCUGUUGUUUUUUGCUUUUGUAAUUAUUCAAUUGAAUUAUUCAAGUUUAUCUCUUUUAUUGCCCCGCAGCUCUUUCUUUCGGUUGUCUCUCUCUUGUCACGCGCUCUUUCUUAUUCAUAUAACAUUUUGUAUUUUGUUUUUUUUUUUUCUUGCUUAAUAAGAUUGUUUAUAACUUGUAAGCUAACCUAUUGAUUUGUGAUUCCUCAAUUAGAAGAUUAGCGUUUAUCGUUUUUAUCAAAAAAUAUACAGUUUUCGGGAUUUUGAGGGAAUUGAUUGGCCAUUGUGGUUUCUUUUUGUUUUUGUUAAAGGAAUGCGAGGAACACACACGAUUCUCACCCCAUAUUCUACUUGACAUAUUUUUAUAAUCAUAAUCAUACAAACGUUCUAUCGUUAUCAUUAUCUCUCCCCAACCUACCUAAAAUUCUCUCUGCUCGGUUUUGUGAUUCUAGGCCCGAAAGGAAUUCUUUUUUUUUCGUUUUCACAAAUUAUAAUUUAAAUGAAAAAAAAUAA